AUGGCUACAGUUAUGUAUUUUGGUUUUGUUGUUAUUACACUGGCCAUGGGAUCCACCUCCGCCUCCGCCUCCGCCUCCACCUCCACCUCCACCUCCGCCAAAUUCAGCAUCCCAUUUCUCGGUGAUAAAGUGUGCAAAGUAGUUGUUUGUGGAAAAGGAAAGUGCGUGGCUUCGAAUAGUAGCAGUCUUGGAUACGAGUGUGAAUGCGAGAAAGGGUGGACACAAUCACGCCCACAUGAUAGCGACUCCUUCAAAUUCCUGCCUUGCGUUGUUCCCUACUUCAAUUUCAGCGGUGAUAAAGCUCCUACUCCUGCUCCUGCUCCUGCACCCAGCCACAACAAUUCAAGCUUUAUUGAUCCCUGCUCGUGGACUAACUGUGGAGGAGGCACGUGCAAGAAGACGUCCAUGCUCACUCACACGUGUGAGUGUAACGAGGGCUAUUACAACUUGUUCAAUUCCACUUCUUUCCCAUGCUUAAAAAAGCGUGCAAUUGGAGGGGACAGCCCGGAUUCAGGAAACAACACGACGAACUCAUCGGAUCGACAAAGCUCCAGUGAAGUUGCUGAUAGUGGUGAGAAAUUUUCUAGCAAUGUUGCAUUAGCUUUUGUUUCAUUGUAA